GUACGACAUUCGGGCGGAGUCGGACGCACCUUCGGGGAAGGUUGACGUCACGGUGCAAAAUGGCCGCCGGUAUCGGAAAUGGAGUAGCAUAGAGGCUGGGCGGUAGGAACGAACUGUAGGUGUGUCAGUACUCGGCUUUUCCGCGAUAAUGCCAUCGAAAUGCCGAUUGUUGCACGCUGACUUGCGCCUCGUGUAUAACUUAUACGUACGAUCGGAAUCAUUCCGUUGGCCGAGUUUCCGAUGGUGAUAAUAAAUUGUGAAAUAGUCGGCGAGGCAAAAUAAGCGGUGUUCUGAACUCCCCUCGAUAUAUAUCUUCCCUGAAAUUUUUUCUGUUCAUAAUUUACUUGUGUUACAAACAUUCAAUAGAUAGGAUGAAAUCUUGUCUAAAUAAAAUCGAAGUGAAAAGUAAACGGUGGCCUGUCCAGUGAUCAUUCUUAUACUAUUCACGGAUAUUUCACGAAUGUCAGACUCAUCUGCCCGGUUCCAGAAGAGUGUAUUGUGAAUAUUAUCUUUGUGUCGAUUAUUUCGAUUGAAUAUUAGUUUAUGUUUCUGAUAAAAAGUGAAAUGGAAAAUGAGAAAUACGCGCGUAUAAUCAACGUAUAAGAGAUCCAAGAGUGCGUAAUAUAGUGUAUGUUCACUGAUCCUAUUUGUGAUCUGUCAAAACUAACUUAGCUAUCUAACAAUCGUAUAUAUAUUUAUAGUGAAACUAUUUAUAUAUUGGGUAUCAAAUCUUCCUCUUAUUACGAAUUGAUUAAUUUUUUUUAAGGAAAAUAUUCUCGUUGCCUAUGACUAUGUCUUAACUGCGUAUGAUCCUUCACAACGACACAUCGAUUGAUUCCCUUCCGUAAACAAUAUUUAAUAGCUGCUAAGAAUGUAUUGUCCAAUGCUGAAAAUGAGAUAUGAAUUUGAAUCAUGAGAAAGUGACCGAGCAAGUAAUGUUGAACUUGGAACUGUUAAGAGAUUAUUCAAGCAAUGUUUCUGCCAAUAAGUAUCAGUUAACCAAAUAUAAAAAAAGAACGAUCUCCAUUCUUCACAGAGUAAAAAUUACGAGAAGCUAAACUUCAGGAUUUUAGUAUUUCUUCUGGUUAAGCAGUAUACUCUUUAAAGAAGAUAACAUUAUCAGAAUUUCGGCGCAUAGAUAUUGUUAGAAUUAUUAUAUAAAAGUGUGAUUGAAAGAAAAAAAAAUUACAAAUUUUUAAGAAGAAUUAGAAAAUUUCAAAACAAACAAAUCAAAGACAGAAAGGAAGAGAGAGAAAACACAUCCAAACAAUGAAACUGACUAAGAAAAUGAUUAAUUAAAAAGUUCGAGACAAAUUAAAAGGUACAUAUAUAUAUAUAUAUAUAUAUAUAUAUAUACAUAUCGAAAGCGAUAGGUGGCUUUCGUUGUCACUGGCGCGCACGCGAGUGUCCAUAUUAUAUCCGUCGCGCGUGUUUGUUUCUCAUUUUGUUUCUUAUUUCUUAUUUGCGUGUAUAUUUAAAGUGAAGUUUCAGUGUGCUGGAGGGUGAAAAAAUAGUAGGAUACACAAAAUGUGGAAUAUGAUGUGUGACGUGAUGCCGACUAUUGCGGAGGACAGCAUUAGCCAACGAAGUUCGCAAUAUUCCGGUGAAGAUGCGAACUUCGAGCAAUUGAUGGUAUCAAUGCUUGACGAAAGAGACAAACUGGUGGAAUCAUUACGCGAAAACCAGGAACGGUUGCAGGAAACGGAAGCACGUUUGCAGGAGGUCGAGAAAGAACGGGAUUCAUUGAAUCGUCAAUUGAACGCUAAUAUUCCUCAGGAUUUCUCUCAAUUGACGAAAGAGCUUGCUGCAGCUCGCGAAAGUAUCCUAGAAAGAGAAGAAGAAAUAUCAGAGUUAAAAGCGGAGAGGAAUAAUACUCGUCUUCUGCUCGAGCAUCUGGAAUGUCUGGUCUCCCGACAUGAACGAUCGCUUAGGAUGACUGUAGUGAAGAGGCAAGCCGCUGCACAAUCUGGAGUAUCGUCCGAAGUUGAAGUGCUUAAAGCUCUAAAAAGUCUGUUUGAGCACCACAAAGCUUUAGACGAGAAAGUACGUGAACGAUUACGAGUUGCAUUAGAAAGAAAUACAAGUUUGGAAGAAGAAUUAGCUAUUACCAAAGAAGAGCUUCAACAAUAUAAAUUAAGUGGACAUGCGCCUAAAACUAUAGAAGAUAGGCCCAAAGAAAACGGACAGACGGAAGAUAGUCAACAACAGAAUAAGAAUGAGACUGAGCAGGCAGCAGGCCAGCAGCAACAACAGCAACAACAACCGCAACAGCAGCAACAACAACAACAGCAGUCAAAACUAGGUACGGAGAAGUCAACAGAGAUUGAAAGUAGACUGAGCAAUGGCAGUCUCGAUCCUACGGACCAAGAUUCUGCAGCGCGCGUAAUAGAUUUACAAGCUACUCUUGAUAAGCAGAGCUCAGAAUUGAGCACAUGGCAGCGACGAGUAGCUGAAUUAAGUGGACGAGUAGCAGAAUUAGAAGAAACUUUGUCCAAAACUCAGAAAGAUCUUUUGAAAACACAAGAAACGAAUGUCAAACUACAAAGAGAUUUGCGCGAAAAUGUUGCUCAAAAAGAGGACCAAGAAGAAAGGAUAGCAACUCUUGAAAAACGUUAUCUUAACGCUCAAAGAGAGUCUACUAGUUUACAUGAUCUCAAUGAAAAACUGGAACAGGAGCUACAACAUAAAAAGGCUCAAUUAAAGCUCCAAGAAGAAAAAAUAGCAGCAAUACAGGAGAAAUUAGAACUUGCAGAGCAAAAAUUAGCCCAAUAUGCUAAGUUACCAGAAAUGGAAGAGCAAUUAAAGCAGAGGAUGGAGGCUCUGACGCAGGUGAGGAGGCCCAACCAGCAGGCUCAAGAAAGACACGGAAGUGCAGAGGAUAGAAUACAAAGGUUGGAAACGCAACUUGAAGAAAAAAAUGCAGAAGUGAUGCGUGUUAAUCAACGACUUAAGAUGAAUGAAGAACAUAAUACGCGGCUUAGUACAACUGUUGAUAAACUUUUGUCGGAAUCUAAUGAAAGAUUACAAGUACAUUUAAAAGAAAGAAUGCACGCAUUAGAAGAAAAAAAUGCACUUACACAAGAAUUGGAAAAGACUAGGAAAAUCGCAGAAGAUCUUCAAAAUGAAAAGGCUGACAUAGUUAAAGAAUUAGGAAAAGCUCGUUUAGAAAUUGAUAAUGUAAAAAGACAGAUGCUUCAGCAGGAAAUCGCAUUUAAUAUUCAACAAACUGAUGCUUUAACUAGAAGUUUAUCUCCAAAUGCAGUGGAUCCAGGUUCCUUUUCUAGAAGUGCAAGUCAUAGUAGUUUUGAUACUCAUUCUUUACCAAGAAGAACGGGUAAACGGCCUGCAAUCGAAGAAGAUCCAUCAAAGAAUUAUGUAGCACGUACAUUAGCGGAACAAGAAUGGGAAAAGUUACAACAAGCACAUGUUCUUGCAAAUGUGCAACAAGCAUUUGAUGUGUCUAGUGAUGCGGAAGGUGAUGGAGAUAAUGAAAGUUUAUUUAGUUGUGCAGCUGAUGUAAUUAGUCCUACAGGACAUACAGAUGCUCAAACAUUAGCACUAAUGUUACAAGAACAGUUAGAUGCAAUUAAUAAUGAAAUUAGAUUAAUCCAGGAAGAAAAACAAAGUACCGAAGCACGAGCUGAAGAAUUAGAGUCUCGAGUUGGUAGUCUUGAACAUAUGAAUUUAUUAGCGAGAGGACGAAGUCUCGAACGUGCAUCCCCACCAUUAAGUGGACGAUCCACUCCAAAAUCACAUCAUAGUCCAAAUAGAGAUUAUUUACAUAAAUAUCAUACUGCACCGGCAUCAAUGUCCCCAGCACAUCUUCACCAGUAUGCUGCUUCUUUAGCUAGUCCAGGUCAACUUUCGGAAUCUCUUCCUGCGAGCCAGUUGCAGUUAUCAGGUGAAGAAUUGCAUUCAGUGAGUGAAAGAGACAGUACUGGUGGUGCAGGAAGUGGUGGCAGUGAUGCAGCUUCACCAUUAACUGCUCGAUCAAUCAGGCUAGAACGAGUAGCACAAGUUCUUGCUCAUAGUCAAGAGGAGCUCAGAAGCAGGCAUGGGCAACAUAACAACGGCGCACUCAAUUCUGGGACUCCCCCUUCCCCAUUGUCCUCACGACAUAGCAGCCAGGACAGUUUGCAUAAAAACAAUUUGUCUGGUGUUGGAUUGCCAAUUGGACAACUAUCUAGUUCGCAUUUGCAUAUGCAAUCUACCAUGAGUCCAGCAACAGCAGCAGCAGUGGCUGCUGCUCAAAAGAAGAAAGGCAUUAAAAGCAGUCUUGGUAGAUUUUUCAGCAAAAAAGAAAAGAUUAAAGGAAAAGAUACACCAAUGCCUGGAGAUAUACCAGGUAUGGGAGGAGCAGGUACACCUGCAGAUCCUGAUUAUGGAGACAGUGUUUCUGUAGCUGGAACUAUGGGUAGCAAAAGUGAUUUUGAUCGCAGAAAAAAGAAAAGUCCAAGUAUGUUUGGAAGCAUGCUAGAUUCUUCACGGCACGAACUUUUAGCAGAAGCAAUGAAAGCUGGAACACCGUUUGCUCUCUGGAAUGGGCCAACAGUAGUGGCUUGGCUUGAACUUUGGGUAGGCAUGCCAACAUGGUAUGUUGCGGCUUGUCGAGCAAAUGUCAAAAGUGGUGCCAUAAUGAGUGCUCUUAGUGAUACCGAGAUUCAACGUGAAAUUGGUAUAAGCAAUCCUCUGCAUCGAUUGAAAUUACGAUUAGCUAUUCAAGAAAUGGUAUCUCUUACAAGUCCAUCAGCACCAAAAACUUCUCGCACAACGUUAGCAUUUGGAGAUAUGAACCAUGAAUGGAUUGGUAAUGUUUGGCUUCCAAGUCUCGGUUUGCCUCAAUAUCGAUCCACUUUCAUGGAGUGCCUUGUUGAUGCUAGAAUGUUGGAUCAUCUUACUAAAAAAGACCUUCGUGGUCAACUUAGGAUGGUUGAUAGUUUUCAUAGAACAAGUUUGCAAUAUGGUAUUUCAUGUUUAAAGCGAUUAAAUUAUGAUAGGCAACAAUUAGAAGAAAGAAGACGAAUGGCAGAAGGUGCUAAUGUUGAUGUUCUUGUAUGGAGUAAUGAUCGCGUUAUAAGAUGGGUGCAAUCUAUCGGCCUGAAAGAAUAUGGGAACAAUCUCUUAGAAUCUGGUGUACAUGGAGCUCUUAUAGCCCUUGAUGAAAGCUUCGACGCAAAUAGUUUUGCUCUAGCUUUGCAAAUUCCAACCCAAAACACACAAGCUCGACAAUUGUUAGAAAUGGAGUUCACAAAUUUAUUAACUGUAGGAACAGAAAGGCGGCUUGAUGAAUCCAGUAGUAUGAAAUCCUGAUCCAACUCGUCCAGCAGGUUGCCUCAUCUUCAACCGCAUCACGUCUAGUCCAAAACCCCAGCUAUUACUAUUCUCUGUAUGCAAGUGUGUUGUAAAAGUUGUAAGAGCUUUAAGUAUCAUUCUAAGGAUAUCUUCAUAUUGUUAAGAGUUGUGACACGCGGUGAUAUGAAAAAAUGAUUGGACAAACAAACUGUUAAAAGAAAAGGGUGAUUUAUUGUAUGUUCAAGAAAAAAAUUUAAAACGUUUUAUCAAUUUUUAUGUCGCGUAAAUUUCAUAAACCGCUUGUUACAUAUUUCGGAUAAAAAAUAGUAAUUCUGAAUCAAUUACUCUCAUAUAGAUACUGAAAUGUAGUGAGCGGUCAGAGAAUCGUAAAAUAUAUUUUUCCUCGAAAGCCAAAGAAUCAGUUAUAUAUAAUUACGACAAUAAUUCUAAUUUCACAUUGAUUUUUUAAGGAUAGCAAGAUUUGUAGUUUUUGAAAUAAUGAAUAUUAUGGUAGUUCAUAAACUUUUUCAAGAUAUAAUCGCAUAUUUCUUAUACUAUAUUAUGUACUUAUACUAUGUAACAAAUAGUUAAAACUAUCUAUUUUGAUAAUACCACUUACCGCACAAAAUAAAAAUCCCAAACUUAUAUUAGUGCCAUUAGCGCUCUCGAGGAAACAAUCUACAUAUGUACAAGGAAAAGACUGCAUUCUAUAUUUCUGCAUCUAUAAGACAGUGACCUAAUGAGCCAUAUAUAUAUAAAAAUAUAUAUAUAUAUAUAUAUAUAUAUAUAUAUAUACAUAUUAUUUCAUACAGAAGGAGUGCUGAAAUACUUGUUCUCCUCUGUUAUUUCGAUGAAUUUUAAAUGUUUGUAGAUCACAUAUAAACACGUAAUAUAUCAAAGAAUUACACUGAAGCAACUAUCGUAAUUAGAAAAUUAUUUGACAACCAGUUGCAUGGACGUGUUUAAAAAAACUCGCUUUUUAUUUAUUGUGGACUAAGGAACGGACAUUUUAUACCAAAAUAAUCGCGCAAUGUAUAAGUACGUGUACGAAAUGUUAGUAGAUGUUAUAAAAUUAAGGAACUUUGUAAUUUUAAUUAAUAAUUGAAUUCUACCAAUUAGUUAUAUAUCGUUAAGUGAUUAUUUCACAUUCAUUAAUUUUGUUUAAUCAUAAAAAAUCAUAUAUCAUUGGGUGUUUUUUUAUUUAUUUGAAGGAAGAAUUUUGAUACUUCAUUUAUAAAUAUUUUUUUAUAUUAUUUCAAAGUUCCGAUAUUAUUAGACUCGAUCGAUAGUGUAAAAGAAUUCACAAAGAUAAAAAGCGUUAUAAAUAUAAUAAAAUCACGAAA